AUGAGCAACACUACAGGUGCAGACAAGAACACAGAAGAUGCAAUAGAGUCAAUGCAAUCAGCGACCUCUUCAUCACGGGUGAAUGAGAGCAUGUCAUCUUCAGCAGCAUCUAGUAGUGGUGACAGCGGCACUUUCCACACUAGCACUGCAUCUACUGAACGGCCAUCUGGAGGGUCAUCUGUAAGACCACCUGGAGGGCCAUCUGGAAGGCCUCCAAGACCGUCACUAUCAUCAAGUCUGAGGAAAGAAACUCGGGAAAGAAGAUUGUCUGCUUUUCUAGAAGCCGACCGACGAGCCAGUCAACUCAGAAACAGCAAUCAUUCAAUCGAAGAAGAAAUUGAGGCUCAAAACAGAAGAUUUUCUUCUUUCCGAGAACGUCGGGCUAGUGAUAUCAGCAACAGCACUCGAUCAGCACAAGAAGAGAUGGAGGCACGCCGCAUUGCUCCUCGCUUGACUAGUUUCUUGGGACGAUCAAUGGCAGAAUUCGAUGAUACCCUGAAUGCGUUGGGACUGGAUGAGUCAGACGGCGAAUCCGUAUCUUCUGAUUCCGUGUUUUUGGCACAAGCAUCGUUUUAUGACGCUGCUCGACGGACUUCUGGGCGUGCUUCUGUUGCGUCUGAAGCUAGCGCAGUGCGAUCGUCGAGGGUGGGAUACCGUCCUUCUCUCCUUCAAAUGUCUGCAGAGUCAGUCAGCGAAGGGAGCGAUUCAGCAUCCCUUGGUUCUUCCUCGGCAAUCUUCCCUCCUAGCAAGCCAGCCCAGCCUCCGCUUGAGUCAAGCUCAAAGACUAUUAUGGCACCGGUAUCCAAACAAAAUCGAGCAAAUUGGAGAGUGUUGGGUUUCCUGUUGCUCAUUUGCGCAAUCUUCGCAAUCAUAAGCGCCACAUCGCCAUCUGCUUCUGCUUCUGCAAAGAGUUUUCCUUUGGAGUCACCGUCCGAAGAAGCUCGGUCGACGGAUCGAAAGAAGACACCAAGAUCUUACGCCUCUUCGAUGCCGGAAUUUUCCAUUGGCAUGUUGCACAAUUCUUUUGAAGCCCUUGUAGGAGAUGACAUCCAUAGGCCCGGGAGCUCCCAAUAUUUAGCGGCUUCGUGGAUAAUGGAAAACGACCCUCAUCGGCACCAAUCGACACUGGAACAAUUGGAACAACGAUUUCUUCUUGCCUGCUUUUACUUUGCUUCAACAGAUAACUGCCGUGUGCCCUGGCUGUCUUGUAAUUAUGCACUAGCAUCUUCGUCACCAUCAGUAUCUGCUCCCAGGCAGCGCACGACGAUGUUUGGUUACCGUUCAAUAAACCAAGAGGGUACAUCAUCUUCUGAGGCGGAAUUGGCCAACUCGACGACCACUCCUUCCACUUCCGCUCAAUCAUGCAAUUUCAAGAAACCAGUUUACGGUGAAAAUGGAAAUAUAACUGCAUAUGAGACGACCCAUUCGUUGCGAUGGCUCUCCGGAUAUUCCGAAUGUAAAUGGGCUGGAAUUACUUGCAAGCUUGAGGAAAGUGACGAUCUGAGCCUGGAUAAGGAGCUUCCAACCAAUCCGGUGGUCGAAAUCAAUCUCGGGGGGCAGAUCCAGUACGAGACAAUCGUCACUGAGAUUCUGCGACUGCCGGACCUGCAAUCUUUGAUAUAUUGA